AUGCCUGAACCUUGCGAAUUGUUCGAGUACACGACCGGAAAAUGGAUCUAUAAUGACGCGUUGAGACAUCGCGAGAGGAGACGUGCUUUCAACGUCUCUGAAUUGAAGCGCCUUGCUGCCCUAGCGGUUCAGCAGAAGGAAGACGACAUCGCAGGCUUCGAGAAGCUUGCCGAAGGAGGAUUCAACCGAAGUUUCAAGAUCACUAUGCGAGACGGCUUCCAAUUUGUUGCACGAAUUCCUUAUCCUGUCACUGAACCAAAAUUCCUAGUGGUCGCAAGUGAAGUUGCAACGAUAGAUUUUCUCCGUUCUCAUGGUAUUCCAGUUCCUAAGAUUUUUGGUUACUCUGCCGUUGCAGAUAACCCUGCAGGUACAGAAUAUAUCUUUAUGGAACUUGUCCAAGGACAAAACCUAGGUGAUAUCUGGUUUACUUUGUCUGAACAGGAGAGGAUAACACUGGUGAUGAAGCUCGUGCAGCUGGAGACUCGUCUAUUUGGUUUACAGUUCCCGGCAAGUGGAAGUCUCUAUUACUACGAUGACUUGCCAGCCCAUGACUACCCAGCCAUUGUUCCAAGCCCCAGCUCGACCCGCCGCUUCUGUAUUGGCCCCGAUACUUCGCUUGGAUUAUGGUAUGGGAAAAGACUCAACUUAUCGGUUGAGCGCGGACCAUGUAAAAAGACCGAGAUUCUUUGGCGGUUCUCACCGCCGGAGCCACAAAAGAGAUUGCGUAUCUCAAAACAUUUGGACGACCUCUCCAACCUUUUCAGCGUCUUCGCAGAGAGAUGUACGAUUACCAGCCCCAAUCCCACCUCGAACAUAUUGUGA